AUGAGGAGAAGACUGACUAAAGGUACAAGUCUAGUCGAAGUGUCGUGUGAAGUAGCCGCAAAGAAGGGUUCUCGUGUCGAAGCAGUCAAGAAACAAACCAUUCCAUCCUUCCCAAAAACGAAAGAAGAACGUGAACGUGAAAAAGCAAAAAAUCGUCAGAGACCUCAAGACUGUGAAUGUGUGCUCUCUUUCAACAAAUACUAUCAGAGAUUGCACUUUGACGAGGAGACUGCAAAUAUCUUUGUUGUUAGUUACCGUCCGAUAGAAGGGCCUCCAGAUUUCGUCCCCGGAUUCGAUGGAUGGUGUGAGAGGCCGUCGGUAUUCCGAAGGGAAGACGAACCGUCUACAUCCCAACAAUCGGAUUGCCAUGACGAUGCACCGGCGCCCGUUUCGUCGCCAGUUGUUCAUUUUGAGAAGGAUGCGUUUGAUGAUGAACUCAACUCGAAGUACUAUAACACGACUUAUUCCUAUUAUUUUCAGGUUCCCGACGCCGAGACGUACGAAAAAAGUGCCACACGUCUCCGUCAUCACAACCUCGACAAACUUGUUUGGUCGAGUUUCGACGCUGCGUUCAAGAAUAUAUUCGACGAUAAUCUCUACUCGGAGACGAAUAAAUGCUUCUCCGCCACAUUCCUCGUCGUAUUCCAUCCAACUGACAUUCUGAAAACAAAACUAACCGAAAAGCAGGCGGAAGGAAAGGGAAUCGAGUUUCGAGAUCCGAAAGAAUUCGAGUCGCCAAACGAAGCAUGGUAUUCGAGACUCACGAAACUGUUAUUGUUGAUGAAUAAGCUACAGUACUCUAGGAUACCACCGGAUCCGAGAGAUUUGAAAGAGAGAUCGCCCAAGUUGAAGAAGGACGAUGCGACGAUUAAAUAUGUGAUGGAAGCAUUCAAAGCGACUGCUUACGUUGGAUUGGGAAGUACAAAUGAGAGGCAGUUGACGGUGAUUCAUCCCAAGAAUAUGUUUGUCAUCUACGAUUUUGCACUUUGGUUGAGAUACAACGUGGAAGGAAUCACAAGUCGUCGUCGCGCUAUGAACUACAUUCGACGUGUCGAGGAAGCCAAAUAUCUUCAGAUUAUCACGACAAAAGGAAAACACGGUUCGGAAUCAUCUCUGUUCAAAUCGUCGACUUCAAGAUACAAAUCUCAAUACGGCUUCCAAUUGUGCUAUAUCUGUGAACCCGAUAACAAUCCGAAAGGUGUCAAAGUGUCGAGAUUUAUGAUGGUCGAGUACAAGGAUGCGAUAUGUAGUGAAGAUGAGACUGAGUGUGUUUGGUCACUUCAAGGAAAUAUUGAUAUGGAAUUGGCACCGGCGUCACCAGAUGCACCACUUGGAGAGUGGACUAGGAUAACAUACGACCACUGGUUCUAUCCGGACACAGCAUUCCGUUUCACAAUGAAAUGGGUGAUGGCAACUGGACAAACGGUGGCAGACACAGUCCAAUCAUGGUUCAACAAGGCAUCAAAACAGGGAAUGUCACUGUAUCCAGUACCCGAAGAUCCAUUCGCUUUGGCUCAGGACACUCAUUCGAAUCCUCUUCGUUGUCCGAUAAGAAUUCAAAUGAGAGAGGGGGUUGUGACACAUGAAGACGAGCAAGAGUUCCUCCUUCAAAUACUGUUUCGAUUCGGAUUCAUUGAUAUCGGAUGUAAUGUUAAGCAUGAUUUCUCCUCACCGCGCACCGAAUCGUCCACUUCUGAAAAUGCAAAAGUUUUAGCUAGUCCGUCGCCGACUUUGUUGUUGGAUCCGGUGCCGCCACCGCAACCUUCCGUUUUGGUGCCAGUGGAAGAGGAAGUGAACAUGGAAGAGCAGGAGCAUGUGGCGGAGCACGUGGAGGAGCAUCAGAACGUCAUCGAAGAGAAGAAAAUAGAAGAGGCAGAGCCAGAAGAAGUGGAGGAGGAAGAAGUGACGAGAUCGUUGAAUUAUAUUCAUCAAGCCGGUGGAAUGUUCAUUUCGUUGGUGUUGUCCGAGGAUAAGACACGCCCACCGUUCUUCUAUUGGGCUUGGAAUCAUAUGCUUAGUAAUCGAUAUAGGGGACAAUGCUCCGAAAAGUUCCAAGACUAUCUUCUCUCCGAGUUCCGUAACGUUUGCUCUGACAAAGACGGCGUUCUCACCACUCUCUAUUCUGAUUUCCUUAUUCAACGGCAACAAGGAAAACGUCGAACGGCGACUCCGCCCAUUUUUAACGACUAG